AUGAGUGAUAAACGACGUCAUUCUUUCCAACGCCAUUGGAUGGGACAAUAUUCUUGGCUCGUAUUUUUAGAUGUUGCCAAAGGUGCUUUUUGCAAAGUGUGUGUUUUAUUUGGUCGUAAUCACGAUGGUCAUGGGGGUCAAGAACGACAAGAACUACGGCCUUUAGUGGCCAUCCCAUUUAUAAAUUCUAAGAAAGCUAAACAAAUAUUUGAUAGUCAUAUUGAGAAAGCACAAGGGAUUGUGUCAGUUAUGAGUGUUAUGACAGGAGAAACUACUGAUAUUAAUAUAACAUCUAUAAGUUCAGAAAAUAAAGAAAAAGCCGAAGAAAAUAGAAAAAAAUUGAUCUCUGUUGUUGAAACUGUAAUCCUAUGUGGUCGUCAACAAAUAGCUUUAAUAAGUAAAAAUGAAACUGGCAAAAUAGGUUUAACUGAAGUCAGAACCCCCAUACAAUGA